GUAAAACUAAAUAUAAUAAUUUAAACUAAAUUAAGUAUAAACUUUAAGAUAGAAAUAAUUAUCUAAACGCAAUUCUAAAAAGAUGAGUUUUUAAACGCGAUUUAAAGACGGCGACCGAUGGACUUAACUUAAUUUCAAGAGGCAGAUCAUUCCAUAGUUUGGGGGCGGCAACUGAGAAGGCUCUGUCUCCGUAAGUUUACAAAACAAUAAUGAAAAAAGGAAAUGGCAGAUUGCGGACUUUUGUUUCAGGGGUAACAAAGAAAAGUGCCAUAAGUACCAUACACUUUUAAUGCAUUAUUCGUCUGAGUCAGAUAAUUCCGGUAUUUUUUUUUCCAAUGCACCUUUGAGACAGCAUUAACGCGCCUAAAUCGUGUUCGGUAUGUAAUACCUUAAAGAAUGAAUUCUUCCUGGUGACUAAUUCCUUUCAGGCGAAUAUUAAUUUAAGACGGAUUAGUCGCCAAAAUAACUUUGGCUAUUAUUCCGGAAAGCGGCUUAAAUUAAAAAAAGCUGUGAAACGAAUGAAUUUGUCUCCUUUAUAGGUGGCAGAGUUGAAGGGCUGAACACACAUUGUGAGCCUCCAAGCAACCACGAAGACACAAGUGCAGAGACGUGAUUCAUUUUUCUGGGACAAUGACUUCUUUAAACGCCACGAUAGGCAAUGAUUCAAAAGAAGAAAUGCUCUCCUUGGCGACUGAUGUUGCGAUGGCUUCGUCGACAGCUUCCAAAGUCUUAAAAAUAAUUCCACUGGCCUUGGUGAUGCUCGCGUCAAUAGCCGGCAAUUCCAUUGUGAUCCAUGCGGUCUACGCGGACAUACGCAUGCAAACAGCAACGAACAUUCUCAUUAUGAGUCAAAGUAUUGUCGAUCUUGGGACGAGUGUUCUUGUGAUUCCAUUCGCUCUGAUUUCCGUCGGUUGCGACGGGUGGAUUUUUGGAGAUAAAUUCUGCACUGCAAACGGAUUCUUUAACCUGUUCUUCACGCAGAUUACUGUCUUGCAGCUAGUAAUAAUCGCAUUUGAUAGAUAUUUAGUGAUCGUGAGACCGUCAAGACGUGCUAUCGAUAUUAAGGAUGCCAUGAAAUUAGCUGGAAUAGCUUGGUGUGUGAGUUUUGUAGGAUCAUUUCCAUGGCUACCGUUGCUGACCAAUCGAGUGGAAGUCCUGUUCUUCCAAGGUUUUUACGUGUGCGCACAACGGUACCUACAGAAACCUUUGAACGGUUUGGAAUUAUUUUCUGUUACUGUCACUAUUGGUGUCUUUGCGGUUUUACCAUUGGUCCUGAUAUUUUACAACUACUACCACAUUAACAAGGUUAUUCAUCUAAAUAGGCACAGAGUGUCUCCUGUGUCCUUGUCGAACGCUCAGAAGCUGGCGAUCAACGUUUACGCGAAAUCUGCCUCAACGUCCAAAGUCGUGAUAGGUACAAGUUUAUUUCAAGUGUUUCCCGCGUGUUUUAUCCUACUUUUAGACGGACUGGGCGUCGGUUCUUUUCCACACGAUUUCGAAACAGCCGUCAAAUGGAUCAUGUGGUGCCAUUGUGUAGUCAAGCCCAUAAUAUACGCAGCGAAGAGCCGAGUAUGGGCGAGAGUCAUUCGUAGCUACCUCGUGACGAUUCCGAUUUUCUCGUCAAUAAUCGGAAUAGACUUUAAGAUAGCAUCGUUCUCUACGCUUGCAAAUCGCGUUAAAACUUACAGACUCUCGAAACGUAGAAGAUCUACACAGAAAAACUUGAAAGGGAGAGGCCCAAGCGAAACGAAGACAUCACAGCAGAAUACGGAGAGACCGGCAUGGUUUAGCAAUAUAAAGCAGGCGUGGCUGGCUGAUGAUCAGCAAGACAAUUUUUGUUCGUUUUAAACUUAGACAUUGAUACAUAACUAACCCCCUCCCCCUUUCAUUCGAUGGUAGACCUGGCAACAGCAAUGGCAACGGCGAUGCCACGUGCAACACCAAGUAAAAAAUGAAUUUACAUUUACCAAAGAAUCCCAAAAUUACAUAUGGCUGUUCAGUAGCUCUACUAGUUUUAAACCUAGUUGCAGCUGAGGAUGUAAGGGAAGCGUUGAACUCCAAAUAGAAGUAGGAGAAUUACACCGUCCCUAACGAACAGAUCCCGAAAUCCCUGGGUAAAAUCUAUUUUUCCUAUCGGCCGGGCAUUGUGCCCUGUGACCCGGUGGCAUGUGACUGUUCAAGCUCCCUACUGAUCAAGAAAUAUCUGCAGGCUAAGCCACUAUUUUACCCCACAGAUUAUUCUUUAUUAUUUAGACAUACCUUUCUUAUGUUUAAUUUCAAAAUGUUGUUUAAGAUCACGAUAGUUAUUGCGGUGAACUCUUUACUUUUUCUAAACUAUAUGUUUUUAAUUUAUUCCACCGCAGCAUAAUUAAGUAGUAACUAAAAUGUUUUUUGAUGGGUAAUCAAGUUUACACCUUUACCCAGUCACUAAAAUUUAUAUUUUCAAAAUUACGUAGCAUGAUUAGUCUAAUGGUAAAACGUGGCGAAGGUUACCAUGUUUUUAAAAGAUUAAAUAGUCUGUAUAUUUCAUUAACAGCACGUAUAAAUGAAAAACACUCAUUGGAUAUAUAAUUCUGUUGGUUGUUUUUUCUGCUCUCGUUUUGGUAAACCAAAAAGUUUUUCACAAAGCUAAACACUUUAAAGCAAGCACUACAGAUAAAUACAGUAUGUUUUGGAAGUA